AUGAUCGUCGGACCAAUCAAAGCGGAAAGUCUGCCAAGCUAUCUAAUAACAAGAAGACAUAGAUCUUACAAGGCACACAGUUGGACUGAUAAAGAGCUUAAUUUGGUAUACUAUCUUCAAAUUGGAGGAGCAUACAGAAAACUACCCCUGGAAGAGUGUAUACACCGGGCACUUGCUGCUGCGUCUGCUAUUGCCAGGUCCCGGUAUACUACUAGACAAAAUCCCCUCCACUCAACAAAUCCUGAGAUCGGACAUGCACCACUGACCUCAAUUGAUUAUGUCUACUUCCCUCACUUCUUUGAGUUGUAUGGCUGUUAUCUCAAGGUGUCUGAAUUACCAGAUAGUGAAUAUGUCCCUCUAUCAUAUAUACUUACGCCAAGCUCGUCGGACCGCAGCCCAUCUGUUAUCUCAAGUCUUCCCAGCGCUGUAUUAAAUUUAGAAUUCUUUGGGUUAGAAGCGCGCCUACUCAACUCAUCAGACCGUGAUUUCCUGGUCACUUCUGACUUAACUAACAACGGAUCUAACUCAGAGUUCUUCAGUCCAGAGGAGCAUCUGUCUAUACCAUGA